GAUGAGUAAGAUCAACCGAGACUCGCUGCGAGAGUCCAUUGACAAUAUUUUGAAGUAUUCCACUGAGACGAAGAAGCGCAAGUUCACAGAAUCUGUGGAGCUGCAGAUUGCCUUGAAGAACUAUGAUCCCCAAAAGGACAAGCGUUUCGCCGGAACCAUCAAGCUGAAGCACAUCCCCAAGCCCAAGAUGAAGGUAUGUGUUCUGGGUGAUCAGGUGCACUGUGACCAGGCUAAGGCUAACGACCUACCCCACAUGGACAUUGAGGCCCUGAAGAAACUCAACAAGGACAAGAAGCUGGUGAAAAAGCUUGCCAAGAGGUACGAUGCUUUCCUGGCCUCCGAGUCCUUGAUCCGUCAGAUCCCAAGAGUUUUGGGACCGGGUCUCAACAAGGCUGGAAAAUUCCCUGCACCCAUUACCCACACUGAUGUGCUGAAUGCCAAAGUGGAGGAGACCAAGGCGACUAUCAAGUUCCAGAUGAAGAAGGUGCUGUGUCUGGCUGUCUGUGUCGGACAUGUCAACAUGACCUCCGAGGAGCUGUACCAGAACAUCACCCUGGCUAUCAACUUUUUGGUUUCUCUGUUGAAGAAGAACUGGCAGAACGUCAGGGCUCUCUACAUCAAGAGCACCAUGGGCCCUGCUGAGAAAAUAUUUUAA